CUAUUUGAAGGAGAAGAGUGCCUGGGGCUCCUAACCAGAACCAACAUCUCUCGUUGUCCCCUGCACGCGUCUGUCUCGUGUACGCAAACAUCUGUUUCGUUUUUGUCCAUAAUGUCUUCGCAGCCUCUUUUGCAAACGACCGCAAAUAAGCGCAUUGCGCUGCCUGUUCGCGUGGAGCCCAAGGUGUUCUUUGCUAACGAGCGUACGUUUUUGUCCUGGCUCAGUUUUGCCGUUGUUUUGGGCGGUCUCUCUGUUGGUUUGUUGAAUUUUGGUGAUCGCGUUGGCAAAAUCAGCGCCGGUCUGUUUACUUUGGUCGCUAUUUCUACGAUGGGAUAUGCUCUCAGUAUCUACCACUGGAGAGCUUCUGCCAUUCGCCGGAGAGGUAGUGGUCCCUACGAUGACCGUCUUGGUCCCUCCAUUCUGUGCUUUGUCUUGCUGGGUGCCAUUGUCACUAAUUUUGCACUUCGUAUGUUCUACUAAGCUUCUGCAAUUUCAAACCUGUUUUUUGGAGUUGCCAUCCCUGGCAUAGGAACAUGUUUGUAUAAACGCAACUAUCCCCUUCUUCUUCCUUAGCACCUAGUAAUCUUUUCUUUUUCGUUUUUGCGUGACUGUGUCGAGGGACACGUUUGUGAUGUGGAAAACACACAUUUCUUUUUAAUAAGACUGUUGCUGGUCUGUUUGGCUGUCUAAUGUCGACGAAAAUUAAAUAAUCUCUCAUAAAUGCAACCGCUGCCUGCGAAUGCCGCUGUCUUGGGUUUUUGAGAGAUGAAAGAAACGCUGUAGUAGGGUCACUUUUCUUAAUUUUUUUUACGGUGCCUUACAGCGUUCGUCACGUUCCUUUACUUUCUCCUCUGUCUUGAUUUCAGGUAUGCGAUCCGUUGCUGCUCAGUAUUGUGGCGUUUCAGGAUCAGGAACGCUACCGGUCCACCUGUUUUGUAUGUGUUAGUAAGCAGGCAGUGGAGCAAAGACUUGGAUUUCUGGUACUGACGAGGAGCUAUUCCCGUGCAUGCUCGUUCGUACUUGACAGGCGUUUGCCGAGGCUGUUCUUGCCAGACGUUUGUCGUUACUCGACAUUCCCAGCCAACAAUGUCGUCGUCCUUUAUCCAUGCACCGCAUCCAACUCAUUUUAUUCACCGCUCGCCCCUUCACCUCAAGCUUACCUAUAAUAAAAAUGGAACCCAUUACGAAUGCCGGGUGGAGAUGUAGCCGUGCCAUUGUUGGAC